AACAAUUUCAGACCUGUGGCUUUAACUUCUCACCUAAUGAAGACCCUAGAGAGGCUUAUCCUGAAUCACCUCCAGCCCCACUGCUUGACCCCCUGCAGUUUGCGUAUCAACCGGGCAUUGGAGCGGAUGUCGCUGUCCUCUACUUGAUGCACACAACCCUGCUAUGCCUGGGGGAACCUGGAAGUACUGUUAGAAUCAUGUUCUUCGACUCAUCCAGCACCUUCAACACCAUUCAACCAUCACUGCUCAGGGGAAAGCUGGAAGGUGUUGGGGUUGACAACCAGCUGACCUCGUGGAUUGUUGACUACCUCACCAACCGACCACAGUAUGUGAGGCUCCAAGACUGUGUGUCUGCCCAGGUGGUCUGCAGCACGGGGGCUCCACAAGGGACAGUGCUCUCUCCUUUUCUUUUUACACUCUACACACCUGACUUCCACCAUGACUCAAACAGCUGCCAUAUCCAGAAGUUCUCCGAUGACACAGCUAUCGUUGGACGUGUGUCAGAGGGAAACUAUCUGGAAUAUAAGAACGUGAUCAAGGACUUUGUGGACUGGUGUGAACUCAAUCACCUUCACAUCAAUGCCACACAGCAAAUUUCCAGAGUUGAAAAAUCUGGAGUUAGGCAAAAAAGUGUGAAAGAGUUGGAUUUCAGGAGCUUAUUUUCUAAAUGUGACUAUACUAAGUGUUAUAUUUACUCUUUUGAGUUGUCAAAUUUCCGAGUUUAUUCAUGGGUGUUAAAGAAUCUCCAGUUAACUAUCUGUGGAGUUGAUGGCUGGGUGUGGUUGGGUGGGGCUGGAGUGAACGGUGGAGCUCUGUCGGGGCAUGUCCAGUCACAGCAGAAGUCGUCGCAGCACGCUUUUUUUGCGCCAGAAUUUCGAGGCAUUAUCAUGAGCGGUAGAACUUUGUUAUGAGGCCAUCAUGUUGGUAAAAGUAAACUGUGGAGGAACGAAGAAGUACCUAAAACUUGAAGAGGCAUGCUUCUCUGAUUUUAUUAGGUCAGGUAAGAAUAUAUUAGAAAUAAACCGUAAAUAUAAUAUUAGCCUUUUUAAUUUUUUGUUGUUCUUAUAUAGUUCAGCAGAAAUUUCUCAUACCAGAGACUACAGCACUAAAUGUCACAGAUGACCAAGGUGUCGAGGUUGAUAAAGAUGUUUUUCCAGAAGUUGCGACAGCUAAAGAAGCUUGUUUUUUCAUAUACACCCCAAAUGAGGGUUCAUCUGAAGAAUCAUCUCAGACCUUUGGCUCUUCAGACCAGACAGAGUAUGUGACUCUUACACCAUGCGAUUUGACCGUGCCACAAGAAGAAUGUGAAAGACCAAGCUCCCCAAGUCUCACGGAUACGUUGUCGCUCUCAAGCAGUCUGAGUAGUGACACAAGUGAUUCUGGGGGGAAUCAACCAAUGGACAGUGUUUUUGCAAAAAAUGUAAUUGUUUUUCCUUACAUGAUUUUGACAUUUUUGUUUAAAAAAAUUUAUUUAUAUGAAAAAGACAGGUAUUAGAGACAAUGUUUGUUCAAAAUAAAACUCGUGCUUGAUUUUUAUUAAAUCUACAUAUUCUUUCUUUUGUAGAUAUCAUGCCUGAUAUUUUGGAAGGGGUUGGCCAAUUUGAGAUAAGACUUCUUUUUGAAUAUUUGAUUGAACAUUUCAUUUCCAAAGAAAGUUUACUUAACAGGAUAUAUGCUUUUAAUUAUGGUUAUUUUGAAUACAAAAACAAGCCAACAAGCCUUAAUCUUGAUUGUGUGGGCCACGGAAUUGGGUUAAAUGCAACACAAACACUUUGUUUAGUCACAAACAUUACAUUGAUAUUUCGUGAUCUAGUACCAGAAGAUGACUUGCAUUGGCAUUUACUGCUUUUGUUGUUGAACAUUAUAAACAUUGUGUUUGCAUAUGAUAUCACUGAAGGCAUGACAGUGUAUUUAAAACACUUAAUCAGCGAACAUCAUAAGCUCUUCAAAGAACUGUACCCAUCAAAGAACUUGCUUCCAAAACAUCAUUUUAUGGUCCACUACCCUAGAUGUAUCAGAAAAAUUGGACCUCUUAUUCACAUCUGGACUAUGCGAUUUGAAGCCAAACACAAAUUUUUUAAAGAUUGUGUGAAGAACUUCAAAAAUUUAACAGUAUCACUUGCAAAUAAACACCAGCUUUCAGUAGCAUAUCACUGGGAAUGUCUGUCAUUUAAUGCCAUUGAGUCUGGUCCAACUUUUUCACUUGAAACAGUUGAAUUUUCAGAUGUUAUAAGAGCGUAUCUUCAUGCUGAUUCUCAACUCACUGUUUGCAUGACAAAGUGGGUCCAGUGUUCUGGAGUUGAGUAUCGAGUUGGACUUUUUGUCUGCAGUGCUACUGAGCAAAAUAUGCCACUAUUCCAAAAAAUAGUUUCAAUUUUUUUACACUCUGGUAAAGUGUUUUUUGUUUUGGUUCAGCACGAAACUUGUUUUCAUGACCACUUCCAUUCCUUCCAAGUGACUGAAAACAUACCCAGGAAGAUUUUUGUCAUGGAAAGAGAAAGAUUAAGACAUUUCAAGUGUUUUGAUGCUCAGAAGUCAUAUGGGUCUGUUUCACUCUCUUUUGUUGUGUCAAAAAGUUUUAUUAUCUAAAAGGGCUCUUGUUUUUUGAAGAGUAGUCUACUUCAUCUUCUAUUGUCCUGAAAAAACAAUUUUACAAAUCUGAAUGCAUGGUAAAAAAAUGCACUUUUUACAGAAUUUUGUAUGGGAUACACUGGCUUUUAUUUUUUUAAUGCAAUGUUUUUAUUGCAGUUUUGACAAUGUUUUUUGUGAAUUGGAUACAACAUAUUACAACAAUACUUUAUGUAUGGUGUGUCUGAAAAAUAAAAACAACAAAAGAAGUUCCGAGUAUGUCUUUUAUU